AGACUCCAACUCCAGCCAGGCAUUUAUUUGUCAACACAACAAAAUAAAUUGUAAAAAUAUGUAUAAAUUCUAGUGCAGACCAUUCCGAUGUUCAUAUUUUUCGAUUGAAAGAGAUCCGUUUGUAAUAAUAUUUCUUUAAAUUCAAAUCGUGGCAGUUCCGAAAUAUCUUUAUUCUCCCCAAGACGCAGCAACAUUGAGUGAAAACUAUGAAACUGCAUUUUGAGGUUUUGGAGCACCUGAUGGAAAAACUGCCACGUAAUCUGGCAGAGAGCGCUCAAUGAGUCUAAAGUUCAAAGUUGGUCCAAGACAGCAGCGAUAGCAACUAGAGAGCAACGCAUUUGAGAGCAUUCUGCUAAUGGCCGGAAGCUGAGCCGAAAACUUCGAAGGCCCGACUUAGCUGCUUCAAAAACAUCGCCCACAGCUGGGCGAUAUAAACAUAUAGUAUAUACCCAUUAUACAUUUACAAAAAUCUUCAAGAGCAAGCUGGCGCAACAAGAGCUCAAUUAUCAUGCCUCGAAUCAGGCGAAUACACUGCAUCCACGUUGGUGGAGUGGCGGUGUUGCUGGAUCAAUUGCAUAUUUUUUUGUCACGCCCUUCGAUGUGCUAGAAACGCAUAUGAUGAUCCUUAAGAAGGACAGAACCACAUUUCAAACCGCACGACGAGCGAUACGACAUAAUGGAUUCAUCUCAUUAUAUGAUGGUCUAAGUGCUCAGGUGUUCCGGCAAUGCUCCUAUGGGUUAUUGCGAUUUCAUUUAUACCAUAAAGGCAAGGAAUACGUCGAUGAGUUUAAUUUUCUGCACAAGAUAUUUGUGGCGACCGUAGCGGGUGUCAUUGCCGGUAUAGUUGGCAUUCCCAGCGAAAUGAUCAACACGCGAAUGCAGAUUGAUCGUAUGCUAAGUCCGAAGAUUCAACGAAAUUACAAGCACGUCUUUCAUGGCUUCUACAAAGUUUGCCGUGAAGAGGGCAUCAGGGCUCUGUACACGGGUGGCAUGUAUGCUUGCACCCGUUCCGCUCUUGCCACCGUUGGCCAAAUUGCAGUUUACGAUCAGAGCAAAAUUUUGUAUUUGCGCUAUUUGAAGCUGGACGAGGAUAGUAAAGUUCUGCAUCUUAUUAGUUCGCUAUCGGCGGGCAUUAUCUGUGCUCCUUUAGUGCAGCCCAUUGAGAUCCUAAAGACAUUGAAAAUGGUCGCCACAUCGAACUAUUUGAGCACAAAAAAGCAGAAGAAGUUACAUUUUAUGCGUUUUGGAUUUCGAGGACUAUUUCGCGGAUUUACUGCUACUAUUUGUCGCAUGGUGCCCAAUACAAUUAUCUUGAUGCUUGUGUACGAAGAGUUACGACUUAGAUUUGGAUACUAUCAACCACACGAUUUAUAAUAAACUAUCAAUAUUGCGUCAGUGUA